AUUAAAAAAAGCCAUGUAAGCAAGAGAAGGAACCCACAUGCGCGCGGCGGUUCGAUGGUCCACUGUAUGGUUUUGGGUCGCACUUAGUCCAAAUCUACGUAUAUAAACGAGCUGUCCCUGAUCUGUGUUCAUUACUACUUUUUCGGUUUUGAUCGAUAGAAACUGAAUAAACAAUUAGAGUAAAACAAUGCCAACUGCAAGAUUUAGAGUUUCGAUUCAUCAACCGAAUUUUCUAGGCAAUGGUCGUGAACUUGAUUUUCACGAUCAAGCUCCGUCGAGUUUCUCCGAUAUGGUUUUUGGGUUUCUUGAAGAAAGUGAAGAAUCAUUCCAGUCAAGUCCUGGCAGUGAUCAGGAUUGCCGCGAAAUUGAGGAAGUAGACGAAGAAGAUGAAGAAAGAGAGAACGGGAAUGUUGGAGAAGACAAGAACUUUUGGGAAAAUCAACAUCAGCUCUUACAAGCUACCUUAUGUAGAACUAGCUCCUUGGAAUCAGGUAUUAGAAAUAUCACCAAAGAAGCAAUAAAAGAAAUUCAAAUGGCAGGAACAAUCUGUGGUUGUGGUAGACCAAUGGCAGGCGGUUGCCGGAAUUGUUUGAUGUCGGAGGUCUCCAGCCGCCUCCGAAAUGCGGGUUACAAUAGUGCUAUUUGCAAGUCUAAGUGGAGAAGCUCUCCAGAUAUUCCAUCAGGAGAACAUACGUUUUUAGAUGUAAUAGACAAUUCGAGUUCUAAAAAGGGAGAAGUAAGGGUGAUAAUUGAAUUGAAUUUUCGGGCUGAGUUCGAGAUGGCAAAAGCAAGCGAAGAAUACAAUAAACUAGUCCGGCGGUUACCGGAGGUAUUCGUCGGAAAAGUUGAAAGAUUAAACAAUGUAAUUAAGAUAAUAUGUUUGGCUGCUAAGAAAUGCAUGAAAGAAAAGAAAAUGCACUUAGGGCCAUGGAGAAAACAAAGAUACAUGCAGGCAAAGUGGUUAAGUAGUUGUGAAAGGAGAACAUCUAUGCCGGCCAUCUCAAUGGGAUAUUCCGGCAGGGUUCCAAAGCCAAAGGCUUCUAUGCUAACUGUGGAUUUGCUAGAGAUGCUGCCCAAUAUGCAUUAUACAGCAGUUGAGGUUGUGUGAUUCGGCGAAAUCAAAAUUUUGUUCUUUUUUGUUUUCAAGUUGUGAUGUUUAAUAGUGUGAGGAAAUAUAUUAUGUAUGUAAACUUGGGGAUUGAGUAAUAUUGGCACAAUUUGACAAAAAUCGAUCACGUGACAA